UCAAUUCCGUACAUCGUCAAUCUCCAUUUAUCCUCCUUCUCCUCAUCGUCUUCUCCUAUAUCGUUUGUAAUAAGUUUGAUUUGGAUCGAUUGCCCUUUCUGAUAUUGACCUGCCUCUUUUCUUCUCUUCGAGUUCUUCUUCCUUUAUGGUUCAUCCUCAUCAACUCCUUUAUUAUUUGCUGCUAGUUCUGUUGAGGAAAAGUGAAUCCGAACGUAUUAUGAAGAGAAGAUUUUGAUUCUGAUGGAUCUGAUAUUAAAAAUUGCUUUAUUGUGACUGUUGCGGGAUUUGGUGAAUGAGGAUGGGAUUACAAUCUUCUGGUAUAUUUAUUGAAUUUGCCGGAAGAUUAGUGUAUCCCACAGGGUGGCAAUCGAAUCGCUGAACCGGUGGCUUGAAGCUUUGUUAUAUAUUUAUAUAGAUAAAGCUGGGUAGUUGAGGGAGAGGUAAUGGAUGAGGCCAGCACAAGUAGGGAAGGUGAGCCUCAGCCCUCAGACUUGGCAGCGGAUGGGAGCUUAUCACCAUCACCAUCAUCAUCAUCGCAAUCGGUACCAUGGCGUCCUAACGAGCUCAUCUUCUGUCCUUAUUCCUCUAUUCUCGAUUCUGAUGCAAGGCCCCGAACUUUGCACGAUGUCGUUAGAAGGCCUAGAAUUGAUAAUCUCUUUCUUCAGUCAUCUCCAAUGAGUAGUUUUCAUUGGAAUUCUACAUUGUCCUCAAAG